AGAAGAACGCAAGGCAUUGUGGGUUUUUAGGACACAGAAGCUGCAUAGAGAGAGACAGUAGGCGGGCAUCGGAGUUCCUUUUGUUAUACAUCAAAAACACGCAGGAAUGGUGAACUCUUGCUGUGUUAUUAACUGCAAUAACCGUUCGCAGGAUCGGUAUGGAAAACGCAUUUUAAAUGGAGUGCGAUUUUUCAGCUUUCCAGCUUGGAAGCAACACCUUGGAAAUCAGAUCUCCGAGUUAACAAAGAGGCGUCGCAUGGCAUGGGUAUCAGCCAUAAGACGCAAAGACAUCACCUUCGACAACAUUUCCCGACACAUGUUUGUGUGUUCACGGCAUUUUCUCUCAGGCAAACCAGCCUAUGAAAUGCUUGAGUGUCAUCCUGACUGGGUGCCGUCAUUACAUCUCGGGCACACAGAGGUCAAAGCGACGCGUCCUGAGCGGUUUCCCCGUAGGUCAAAGAGACAAAAAGCUCGCGCACAGAACAACGCUGCACCUGCAACAUCACCAGCUCUACCAGACCUGAAAUUGGAGAUGGAUGUAGAUGUACCACCAAUAAAAGGUCCACCGGCGGAUGAAGGUCCACCGGCGGAUGAAGGUCCACCGGCGGAUGAAGGUCCACCGGCGGAUGAAGAUCCACCAUCGGAUGAAGAUCCACCAUCGGAUGAAGAUCCACCAUCGGAUGAAGAUCCACCAUCGGAUGAAGAUCCACCAUCGGAUGAAGAUCCACCAUCGGAUGAAGAUCCACCAUCGGAUGAAGAUCCACCAUCGGAUGAACAUUCACCAUCGGAUGAAGAUCCACCAUCAGAUGACGCUUCACAAAGCUUACAGAUGGAUGAAACUGCAUCAACGUACGACCUUGAAGAACAGCAGGAAUGUAGUUUUUGUAGCUGCAGACGUGCUGAAAUUAACCGCUUAUUAGAGGAGAACAGGCAACUGAAGGAAGAGCUCUCCCAAAAGACAAUGUCUGAGGAUUUUUUGGGAGAUGAUGAAGAGAGGGUCAAGUACUACACUGGGCUGCCAUGUUUUGCUGUUCUGAUGGGUGUGCUGACGCAGCUUCUUCCUUGCCUACCACGGACAGGAUGCAAACUUUCGCCUUUUCACAUGCUCUUUUUAACUCUGAUGCGCCUAAAGCUGAAUCUGCCAAUCCAGCACAUUGCACACCUCUUCUGCAUAGAUCAACAGACAGUGUCCACCACAUUCAGAGACACCAUAAGUGCAAUGUUUACACACCUCAGCCCUUUGGUGCACUGGCCAGAGAGAUAUUGCUUGAAGGGCAGCAUGUUACAACAGUUUGUAGAAGCUUUUGGCAAUCAUGUUGCAGUGAUCGUGGACUGCUUUGAAAUGAAUGCAGAGAGAGCAUCAAAUCAGAGAGCUAUAGCUCAGAGAUCUUCACAAAAGCACACGCUAAAGUAUCUCAUUGGCAUUACACCACGUGGAGCUAUUGCUUUCGUUUCUAAAGGGUGGGGAGAUGGUGUCAGUGACCAGUAUAUUAUUGAGAGUAGUGGCCUUCUUGAUAAACUGUUGCCUGGAGACUUGGUGUUGGCGGAUAGAGGGUUUGACAUCAGGGAGAAUGUCGGACUAAUGUGUGCAGAAGUGAAAAAACAAAAGCUGGUUACAAAAGAUGCGGAGGAGACACGCAAGUUAGCUCACCUCAGGGUCCACUUGAACAGGGUGGUGGGAUGUGUGCGCAGAAAGUACACCAUGCUAAGUGAAGCCGUACCGGUGAGCAUGAUUGCCCCAUGUGAAGACGAGGACAUGAUGUUCCUUGACAAGGUUGUGACUGUGUGCUGUGCCCUGACUAAUAUGUGCCCCAGUGUUAUGAAACUGUAAACCAUGACAUGAACUGUACACAUGACAAACUCAAUGUGAACUGUAUAUUCUUCAUUACUUUGUCACGUUAUAAUAAUAAAUGAUGAAA